AUGGGUUCUGUGACUAUGCCUGAGGCCGUAUUGGAUGCCUUGAUUGUCGGUGCGGGCUUUGGGGGUGUUUAUCAGCUCAAGCAACUUCGCGAUCACGACUACAAGGUCAAACUUGUCGACUCUGCCUCUGACUUUGGUGGAGUCUGGUACUGGAAUCGCUACCCUGGAGCAAGAGUCGACAGUACAGUUCCACAUUACGAGUUCUCCGAUCCAAAGCUAUGGAAGAAUUGGUCAUGGAAGCAACGCUUCCCGGGUAGCCAGGAGAUUCGGGACUACUUCGCCUUUGUGGCUGAUGAAUGGGAUUUACGGAAAGAUGCCGAAUUCAACACCUUCGUCUCGCGAGCUGUUUUCGAUGAGCAGAAUAAUUUAUGGCAAAUCUCGAGCUCAGAUGGCAAGGAAUAUACCGCUCGAUACCUUCUCCUGAACACUGGCUUCUCCGCUAAGAGACACAUUCCUGACUGGAAAGGAAUCGACAAAUUCAAAGGCACCUGGAUCCAUCCCUCAUACUGGCCCAAGGAAGAGCCAGACCUACGAGGCAAGAAGAUCGCCGUGAUCGGAACUGGCUCGACUGGUGUGCAGCUAGCACAGGAGCUGAGUCAAGUGGCGAGCGAAUUUGUGCUGUUCCAAAGAACUCCAAACACGGCAUUGCCAAUGAAGCAGAUCAACUUUACGGAAGCAGAGCACAUUCCUCCCAAGAGUGCUUAUUCUGAGUUGUUCCAAGGUCGGCGGGACAGUUUCGGCGGAUUCAAUUUCAACUUCACCCCUCGGUGCACAUUUGAAGAUUCCCCAGAGCAGCGACAGGAGACCUACGAAGAGUUGUGGCAGCAUGGAGAUUUCCAUUUCUGGCUUGCUACUUAUCAGGAUAUGCUUUUCACCAAAGAGGCUAAUAAAGAAGCCUAUAAUUUCUGGAAAGACAAAGUCCGCGCACGUAUUCCAGAUCCUCGCCUCCAGGCGAUCUUGGCCCCUGAAAUUCAACCACACGCAUUUGGUUGCAAACGCAUCUCUCUUGAAAACGGCUUCUACGAAAUCUUCAGUCAGCCGAACGUUUCACUAGUCGACGUCAAAUCCACCCCUAUCGUUCAAGUCGUCGAGCAGGGCAUCCAGACAACCGAGAAAGUGUGGGAAUUCGAUUACGUCGUCUGCGCCACUGGUUUCGACGCGGUGACGGGUGGGCUGUUACAGAUGGGUAUUCAAGGCAAGAAUGGCCAGCUACUGACAGAUAAAUGGAAGGACGGAGUCAAGACACAUCUUGGUAUGGCUGUGUCUGGAUUUCCGAACAUGUUCUUCACCUACGGACCUCAGGCACCCACGGCGCUGUGCAAUGGUCCAACCUGUGCGGAGUACCAGGGAGAUUUCAUUAUUGAGAUGAUGAACCAUAUGAGAAAAACCGGCUCCCAAUGCAUUGAGGCUAGACCUGAGGCUGAAAAGGCAUGGGGAGCAGAGGUUCAUAAAUUUGCUUACUCGUCCCUGGUCCCAGAGACUGACUCGUGGUAUAUGGGAACAAAUAUUCCCGGCAAGAGACGUGAACCUCUUAUUUACUUUGGUGGUGUCCCCAACUACUAUUUGAGUCUUGAAAGCUGUGAAAAAGGCGGAUUUGCCGAGUUUGAACAGUCUUAG